UAUCUUGCGUUUGUUUUGAGUCUGUUUCGGCUUCGCGGUUCAUCACAAAAUAUUUGCACGUUCUCUGUACGAUUAUUUCCACAAAUCUUCAGUUUUAAUUGAAAUUCAAUUAUUUACCUCCUCCGCAAAUAAAACAGCAGUCACACUUCUAGGUGCUAAUUGAUUUAAUAAAGCUAUCCUGCAAUAAACACCGGUUUCUCGACCAGCAAUCUGAAAUUUAAUGGCUUUCCCAUCUUCAAAUGCACAAGCUGACGUAACGAAAAAGAUUUUGGAAGAUAUUCAGAUCAAAAAGCAGCUUCUUCAGAAGGGCGUGAGUCCAGUUACUCCGAAUAUUAGCGCAACUCCGGCUGGUUUGACGAUUCCGCAGUACGUUCAAGCUACUAGCCAAGCUCAAUCGAACCAACCGGUGGAGAGCACCAUUAACGCUACGACUAAGGCAGUUUACAACCAGGCCCUGAGCCAAUCUUACGGCUUCUUCAUUCCCCAAGAUUCGCUCUUCGGCAACAAUAUCAUACCGGUACUUCCUCGAUUUGAAAACACGCCCUCUACUGGGGCCAGUUCGGGACCAAUUUCGGCUACAUCAACCGGUGCUAAAUAAUGGCUUGCCUAAAGUUGAAAAAGUUUGAGGAGUUUCUGCAAACGGUUGAUGGCUUUGAGAAUCCUAAGGUAACGCUGGAACAGUACAUUACGCCUUCGCACAUUGCCAGCCACAUGCUGUACACGAUCCAAACCAACUACGACGAUUUGGAGAACAAGUUGGUACUGGACCUGGGCUGCGGAGCCGGAAUGCUGAGCGUCGGAGCGGCUUUGCUGGGUGCGGCUCAUGUUGUUGGGGUUGAAAUUGAUGCCGAUGCAAUAGAGAUUUUCAAAGGUAAUAUCGAAGGAUUUGAGCUGGACAAUGUGGAUUGCAUACAGUGGGAUGUGCUAGGAAUGGAAGACAUUGAUUUUGAGCACAAGUUUGACACGGUGCUUAUGAAUCCUCCAUUUGGCACAAAGCAAAACAGUGGCAUUGACAUGAAAUUUCUACGCAUUGGACUGGCCCUCGCAGAUCGUAGUGUCUAUUCGCUACAUAAAACAUCAACCAGGGAUCACAUUAAGAAAAAGGCAAUCGAGUGGAAAGUUAAAGCCACCGUCGUAGCUGAGUUAAAGUAUAACCUUCCUCAAACUUAUAAAUUUCAUAAAAAAUCGAGUGUAGAUAUUGCCGUGGAUCUAUGGCGGUUUGAAAAAAGAUAGUUAUAACUUAUGCAUUUUUAACACCUUUACAUGAUCGUAAAUAAACUCUCAAUAAAAAAGCAAAAAUAAAUAGUAUCAUAAACUGGUGAAUCUUUCAAAUAA